AUGUCCGCAACAGCGACGGAGAUUGUGGGCGGCGAAAAGCCGAGGGUGGUGCUUGCAUACAGCGGCGGCCUGGACACGUCUAUAAUCAUCCCGUGGCUGAAGGAGAACUACGACUAUGAGGUGAUUGCGUGCUGUGCGAACGUUGGGCAGGGCACCGGUGAGAUUGACGGGCUGGAGGAAAAGGCGAAGAAGUCCGGUGCGUCGAAGCUGUACUUGCUGGACCUGCGGGAGGAGUACGUAAAGGACUACGUCUUCCCGACGUUGAAAGCUGGCGCGACGUACGAGGGGAAGUAUAUGCUGGGGACGUCGCACGCGCGGCCCUUGAUCGCGAAGCAUCUUGUGGAAGUUGCGCACAAAGAGGGCGCUGUCGCGAUCUGCCACGGCGCCACAGGGAAGGGCAACGACCAAGUGCGGUUCGAGCUGGCGGUGAUGGCGCUGGACCCAAGCCUGAAGUGCGUGGCGCCGUGGCGCGAAUGGAACAUCAAGUCGCGCGAGGACGCGAUCGACUAUGCGGAGGCCCAUGGCGUCCCUGUGCCAUGCACGAAGUCUGACCUGUACUCGCGUGACCGCAACCUGUGGCACAUCAGCCACGAGGGCAUGGACCUGGAGGACCCCGCAAACGAGCCGGCGUACGAGAAGCUUCUGAGGCUGUGCAACACGGUGGAGAAGGCGCCGGACGAAGCGGAGUACGUGACAGUCGAGUUCGAGAAGGGCAUCCCCGUCGCGUUGAACGCCAAAAAGAUGGCGAGUGUGGAGCUUGUGGAGGAGCUGAACACGCUUGGCGGCAAGCAUGCGAUCGGGAUCGAGGACAUCGUGGAGGACCGCCUGGUAGGCAUGAAGUCGCGCGGCGUGUAUGAGACACCUGCGGGGGCGAUCCUGUACAAGGCGCUGGACAUGCUGGAGUCGCUGUGUCUCGACCGUGACACGCAGUCUUUCAAGCGCCAGUCGGCAGUGCGCUUCUCCGAGCUUGUGUACGACGGCAAGUGGUUUACGCCGCUGCGCGAGUCGAUGUCCGCGAUGUUCGACCAGAUGGCGGAGACGGUGACAGGCGAGGUGACACUGAAGCUGUACAAGGGUAAUCUGGUGCCUGCUGGUGCAAAGUCGCCGUACUCCCUGUACAACGAGGACAUCGCGUCGUUCGGCGACAGCCACGACCUAUACCAUCACCACGACGCGGAGGGCUUCAUUCGGCUGUUCGGGCUACCGCUGCGUGUGCGCUCAAUGAUGCUGAAAGUGAAGGAGAUGCCGAGCAGGUUGUGA